AUGGAAGCAGACAAGAUCACAGAAGAGCCUCAUACCGCCCUGGAUGCAGAAGAGAGCCUUUCUUCGAAGGACCCCUGUCCUGAGGACACACAGGAGCCCCCCAUCCCUGAGAGCCCCUUAGAGCCCACCCUCUCUGAAGCCCUGUUAGAGUCCCUUGCCUCUGAAUCUCCUGAGUUGCCCUCCACUUCCCAGACCCCUUCAGACAUCCACACCUCUGAAACCCCUGUAGAGCCUCCCACCUCCACCGCCCCUUUAGAACACUCUGCCUCUGAGGUCCCUUUGGAGACCCUUACCCCUGAGACCCACUUGGAAACCCACAUCCCCAAGGUCCUAGAUCAACCACUUGCUUUUCAGACUUCGUCACUAAGCCGUGCCCCUGGGUAUCCCUCUGAUAAUCCAAAGGAAGAUUUCUCUGAGUCUUCCUCCAGCGAGGGCUCAUGGGUAAAGAGGCCCAUCUACACCUCUGAAUUCGAAGGCUCUCCAAAGCACACCCUUUCAGGCUCUCCAUCCCAGGUCCACCUGGACACAUUUACAAAAGUGAAGGAAGAGGAAGAAGAGGGCGAGAGAGAGAUGGAUGCCACUGCCAGUACCACUUAUGCAGCUCAGCCUGUACACCAGCUGGGCAAGAAGAAGGGGAAGAAAGGAGUCAGCCGUUACACCAUCCACCCAGUGGUCCCUGCUAAGCAGGCAGACCUGGUGGACGUGGCUAAGGCGAUGCACAGAGAGAAGUUUGGUUCACAAGUGAAUUAUCUUUUCCAAUGGGAGAAGGAUGCAGCCCUGAAUGCCAUCCAAACAGGUCUCUAUAUUGGCUGGCGCUGCCCCCAUUAUCUAUGGGACUGUUUCCGGAUUGGGGAUGAGUCCAAGUGCUUUUGUGGACACUUGCUGAGAGAGCACCAGAUCAUCUCAGACAUAUCCGUGCCCUGCAACGUGGGCCAGUGCCACUGCCUCAUGUUCUGCUUCAUCCCGUCACGCCCAGAGGAGGUGGGUGAGUUCUGGCUCAAGAGACGGGCCACUUUUGACCCCAAGGCUUGGAGGGCCCAAUGUCGCUGCAAACACAGCCAUGAAGACCACACAGCUACUGGGUCCCAUUCCUGCAGGGUCAAAGGCUGUUGCUGCAGCUGCUUUGAGUCUAAUUUCCUCUGUGCGGCCUGUGACCGGCGCUGGGAGGAACACGAGACGUUCUUUGAGACUGAGGAGACCCGGCGGCGAGGAGGGAGGCCACACGGGACAGACACUGUCAACACCUGGCGCAGGCCUCUGUGA